AGGGGAGCGUGGUAUCAUCGUCGUCGUCUUCGUUUCGAUCUCUAGAGCUCGGAGUUGGAGCUAGGGUUUAGUCUCUUGGGGUUUCGAGGGGGAGUCUCUCGUGAACCGAAGGAGAGAUGGGUGGCGAGAAGGGCAUAAGCUUGGAGGAGAUCAAGAAUGAGACUGUUGAUCUGGAGAGGAUUCCUGUAGAGGAGGUGUUCGAACAGCUGAAAUGUUCCAGGGAAGGUCUCUCCUCGGAGGAAGGAGCCAACAGGCUUCAGAUCUUCGGGCCCAACAAGCUCGAAGAGAAGAAGGAAAGCAAAAUCCUCAAGUUUCUGGGAUUCAUGUGGAACCCUCUUUCAUGGGUCAUGGAAAUGGCUGCUAUUAUGGCCAUUGCUUUGGCCAAUGGUGAUGGAAAACCUCCGGACUGGCAAGACUUUGUUGGUAUCGUUGUGCUGCUUGUGAUCAACUCCACUAUCAGUUUCAUCGAAGAGAACAAUGCUGGCAACGCCGCAGCAGCUUUGAUGGCUGGUCUGGCUCCAAAAACAAAGGUGCUUAGAGAUGGACGCUGGUGCGAGCAAGAUGCCGCAAUUCUUGUCCCUGGAGACAUCAUCAGUAUCAAACUAGGAGAUAUUGUCCCUGCUGAUGCUCGUCUUCUUGAGGGAGAUCCGUUGAAGAUUGAUCAAUCUGCUCUAACUGGUGAAUCUCUUCCUGUCACGAAGAACCCAGGGGAUGAAGUGUUCUCUGGUUCAACUUGCAAGCAGGGUGAGAUUGAGGCUGUUGUUAUUGCCACUGGUGUCCACACCUUCUUUGGAAAGGCAGCCCAUCUGGUGGACAGCACUAACCAAGUUGGCCAUUUCCAAAUGGUCCUCACGGCCAUUGGUAACUUUUGUAUCUGUUCCAUUGCCAUUGGAAUGAUUGUUGAGAUCAUCGUCAUGUACCCCAUCCAGAAGAGGAAGUACAGAGAUGGGAUUGACAAUCUGUUGGUCCUCUUGAUUGGUGGUAUACCAAUUGCCAUGCCAACUGUCUUGUCUGUCACCAUGGCCAUCGGAUCUCACAGGCUCUCUGAGCAAGGUGCUAUUACCAAGAGAAUGACUGCUAUCGAGGAAAUGGCUGGCAUGGACGUGCUCUGCAGUGACAAAACCGGGACACUGACUCUGAACAAACUGAGCGUUGACAAAAACUUGAUUGAGGUCUUUGCGAAGGGAGUGGAUAAAGAGUAUGUAGUGUUAUUGGCUGCCAGAGCAUCAAGAACAGAAAAUCAGGAUGCAAUUGAUGCUGCCAUGGUUGGAAUGCUUGCUGAUCCCAAGGAGGCAAGAGCUGGCAUCAGGGAAAUGCAUUUUCUGCCCUUCAAUCCUGUUGAUAAGAGAACUGCUUUAACCUACAUUGAUGCCGACGGCAACUGGCACCGCGUGAGUAAAGGUGCUCCUGAGCAGAUUUUGAAUCUCUGCAACUGCAAGGAAGAUGUUAGAAACAAGGUUCAUUCUGUCAUUGACAAGUUUGCUGAACGUGGGCUGCGAUCAUUGGCUGUCGCAAGACAGGAAGUUCCUGAGAAGAAUAAGGACAGCUCAGGAGGGCCUUGGCAAUUUGUUGGCCUGUUGCCUCUGUUUGAUCCCCCAAGGCAUGACAGUGCAGAAACCAUUCGCAGGGCUCUUAAUCUUGGCGUUAAUGUGAAAAUGAUUACUGGUGACCAGCUUGCUAUUGCUAAGGAGACUGGCCGUAGGCUAGGAAUGGGGACAAAUAUGUACCCUUCAUCUUCAUUACUUGGGCAAGACAAGGAUGCAUCCAUUGCUGCACUUCCUGUUGAUGAACUCAUUGAGAAGGCUGAUGGUUUUGCCGGAGUGUUCCCAGAGCACAAGUAUGAAAUUGUGAAGAGGCUUCAGGAGAGGAAGCAUAUUUGUGGAAUGACAGGAGAUGGAGUCAACGAUGCCCCUGCUCUGAAGAAGGCAGAUAUUGGAAUUGCAGUUGCUGAUGCCACUGAUGCUGCCAGAAGCGCAUCCGAUAUUGUCCUUACAGAGCCUGGUUUGAGUGUCAUCAUUAGUGCUGUCCUGACCAGCAGAGCCAUCUUCCAGAGGAUGAAGAACUACACUAUUUAUGCAGUCUCUAUCACCAUUCGUAUUGUUCUUGGUUUUAUGCUCAUUGCACUGAUAUGGAAGUUCGACUUCUCACCCUUCAUGGUUCUAAUUAUAGCCAUCCUGAAUGACGGUACAAUCAUGACUAUCUCAAAGGAUCGUGUGAAGCCAUCUCCAUUGCCAGACAGUUGGAAACUUAAGGAGAUUUUUGCAACUGGAGUUGUUUUGGGUAGCUAUCUGGCAUUGAUGACUGUCAUAUUCUUCUGGGCAAUGAAAGACACUGAUUUCUUCUCUGACAAGUUCAAGGUUCGAUCAUUGAGGCACAGUGAGGAUGAGAUGAUGGCUGCAUUGUACCUACAAGUCAGCAUUGUAAGUCAAGCCCUGAUCUUUGUCACCAGGUCUCGCAGCUGGUGCUUCGUUGAGCGCCCUGGUCUUCUGUUAGUCAGUGCCUUUAUCAUCGCUCAACUUGUUGCAACUGUGAUAGCUGUAUAUGCCAACUGGGGCUUUGCCAGAAUUAAAGGCAUUGGCUGGGGAUGGGCAGGAGUUAUCUGGCUUUACAGUGUUGUUUUCUUCUUCCCUCUUGAUUGGUUCAAAUUCGGCAUCCGCUACAUUCUCAGCGGAAAAGCUUGGGAUAAUCUACUUGAGAACAAGACCGCCUUUACUACCAAGAAGGAUUACGGUAGGGAGGAAAGAGAAGCUCAAUGGGCAAUGGCACAGAGAACUCUACAUGGCCUUCAGCCACCCGAAACCACGAACCUAUUUUCCGACAAGAAUAGCUACAGAGAACUUUCAGAGAUCGCCGAACAGGCCAAAAGACGAGCUGAAGUUGCCAGGCUCCGUGAACUGCACACACUGAAGGGUCAUGUUGAAUCCGUGGUCAAGCUCAAAGGGCUCGACAUCGACACCAUUCAACAGCAUUACACAGUGUGAGAACACCAUAUCAUCCAAUCCGAAACAGAAGCCGAACAAAUUAAUGGAUCCAAUCUGGAACGAUAGAUAGACCGAAAAAAAAAAAGUUCUGAUCAGGAAAUAUAUUAGAGUUUGAUGAUCUGAUGAAGAUGAACCUCUGUUUUAUCUUUAACCAUUUUGCUGCUAUGCUUUCUGAAAAAUGCAUGUAUCCCUUGGUUCAAUAAUAGUUGUAAUCUUUUUCACCCAGUACAUUUUUUUUACCCUCUUUUAGUAUUUUAAUUACUCUGCACUCCAUAAUAUUUUCCCUUUUGUUCACAUGGACUGAAUCCUGUAAUUUUAUUGAUGUUAUAUUCACAUCAAA